ACUGCCUCAACAAUAAGAAAAAAGCCCUCCGUUUCUUAGCUAAAAGCCGCAUAGAGGAGACGAACAACGGGCCGCCUCAACGCCAGGGCGCCGCCGCGUUCUCUCGGAAGUUGCGCGAGUGCGGACGCUCUAGGAAGCUCCGCCGUUUCUUUCUCGGUGGUGGCUUCCGUCUCCUCGCCUGUGUGCGUUAGUUCGGCCGAGACAGCAAACUUGCCGCCAUCAUGAUGAACAGCGGCGGCAUCGGGGUGCCUCUCGGCUUCCCUCUGACCCCUACUUCGGUUAUCCAAGUCACCAAUUUAUCAUCGGCGGUCACUAGCGAGCAGAUGCGAACGCUCUUCGGUUUCUUAGGUGACAUCGAGGAGUUGCGUCUCUACCCUCCGGAGUAAGUUGAGGCCCGAGCGGGGCCCUCGGGGCCAUAGAGAAUGGCGGGAAUGACAAUCCUUGAGGCAAGGGGAGAGCGAGAAACGGACCGGAUGCCGCGCCCGCCAUCUUGCUUUCGGGUGCCGAGUGGCUCCCUUCAUAGUAGUUGCGUCAUUGGGCAGUAUCUGUUCUACGAGAAGGAGAAGCUGCCCGUAAUUAAGAUGGCGGCCAGUGACUGUUCCCCCCCCCCCAAAAAAACCUGCCAGUUUCUCCUCAGCCGCAGUCCUUCAGCGUUUCUCUCCUUUUCUCUGGGUGAUGGUUCUGGGAAAGGCCGCGGUUGUGGAGGCGAAAUGCGGGCUCCCUAGAGGCCUAAGCCGAUUUUCGUGCUCCCUCGAGGCUCUCCUCGGCGUUGCGUUUAGCAAAGACGCCAUGUAGGAGAAAUCUGGCUCCUCGGGGAUCCUGCUUUCCUUUCCCCCGAAUCUCGUUCCUUGCACUGCGUUGCAUCCAAGGCUAGGCUAGUGACUAGUUACUCGGGAGUAAGCCUUAGUCACAUCAACAGCGCUUGCUUCCGUGUAAAGCUGCAAUCCUUUGCAUGCAGCUUGGGAACAUAUAUCAUUGAAAUUAAUGGUCCUUACAUUAUAAGUUUCCAAUAAGUACGCAUAGGAAGGGAUUGUAAGGGAUGCACAGUAGACCAUAUUUCUUAACAAGGCAUGAGGGAAAGUUUCGUUUAUUUUACUUAGUGAUUUUAUAUUUUCUGCCUCCCCUCCCUUUCCCUCAAGCACUUGUAAAUGGCAGAGAGAUUUGGGACUACUCAAAUGUGUAAAUAUGAAUGGGAUGUUAGCAGAAUAAACUUUUAAUUGGUAUUAGUGCUUCCACCUUGUGCUUGCUGGGAUAAUAAUAAUAAUAAUAAUAAUUUAUUCAUACCCCGGCCGGGGCUGGGCUCAGGGCGGCUAACACCAAAUAUGAAUUACAAUAAAACGUAAUAGAAACAACAACAACAACAAACAAACAAACAAACAGUUAAUUAAAAGAUGGCUUAAAAUACACAAACAGCCUAGAAGUAAUGGGAAGCCAUUGUUUUUGAUGUGCAACCAGGGACUUGUUUUAUUGUGCACCACUUCUCGCUUACUGAUAUUGAAUCUCUUCUGCCAUUCUGUUUCCUGUUACCUAUUUUGGAGAGAUCCUUUCUAGCUUUUCACAGAUUUCUUGGGAUUUCUUCAAACACACUCCUUAAGAUCUAGUCUUCACAGACUUAAUCAGCAUAUUAUCAGACAAUGUUAUACAAUCCUAGGUUAGUUCUAUUAAUUUAAGCUCAUGGGAGAGCCGACUGCCCCAAGAGUUCAAGGUGUCAACUUGUGCAGAAUGAAGUGGCUGCAUUUGACAAAUACUGAAAUAUUAAAAUGUCCCCAUGAUACUUUGUAGAGUUUAUGCCAGGGUGAUUAAAAAUGAGUGUGCAGAUUCAGCAUCAAAUUCUUCUUAAAGGAAUUGGCUGUAUUUCCAGAAGGAUACCAGCUAUAAAAGUGUUCCACCAUUUCUUAAAAAUCUUAACUGAAGAUCUUAAAGCACAUGCAGAAGUUUACCUAAUGUACAAUUUUAUUUCAUUUAACUGUAGCAUCGGUCAUUUACAGAAUGCUGUUAAAAUAUUUUAGUUACUUGAAAUUAAACAAGAACCUUACUGCUGGUGACAGAAUGUUUCUUUGCUAGUAUUUGAAUUAUUUUUAGGAAAAGAGUUUUAUUUAUAUUCUGUAUUAAAAAGUAAAGACCAAUGCAGAUACAUCAUGAGCUUGAUUGUUAAUUGUGAUUAAGAAGCUGGGUAUAGUAAUUCAGAUUCUAAAAACUGAAUUCAGGGGUUUUUUUACCAUGAUUAAGGCUGCUCAGUGUUCAUUCCUAACCAUGGUAAAGGGUUUGUGUGUGCAUUUGUGAAACAUGCUCACAUGAACUAGAGAACCUGUAGGUGGAUAUAGUGCAGUUUUACAUCCUGAUCCCUUAACUGUAGUUAAUGGAUAAGUUAGAGUUAUAUUUGUACCGGCCUAAAGUAAUCUGAUACUAUGUGGGAAACAUAUUUCAGUUUUCAUGUUCUGUAGGUCUGUAAUUUAUAGAAUUACAUUUGCAUUAAUAUUUAUAGUUGCAUAAGACUAGCAAAAAUAGAUCAAAACUACAGCAUCUAAUUGGUUUUCUUUUUCUUGCAGCAACGCACCACUUGCUUUUUCCUCCAAAGUAUGUUAUAUUAAGUUUCGGGAAUCUUCGAGUGUUGGUGUGGCCCAGCAUCUAACAAACACGGUUUUUAUUGACAGAGCUCUGAUAGUUGUGCCCUGCGCUGAAGGUUGGUAUUUCAGAUUAUACCUUUGUUUUGAUAGUCUCUGUUCUGUCAAUUUGUUGCUUGUGUUUUUUCAGCAACUGGGAAGGCGUUGAAGCUAUUACUUAUCUUGCUUUUCUUGUAAUAAAAGCGAAUUUGGUAGGAAGGAAGACACUUUCUUUUUAAAAUUUGUAUGGAAUUUAAAAAUAUAUUUUGCAUUAGGUUUGAAAUGUGUGGGCAUUUUCUCUUAUGAAAUGUGGUCAUGUUUCAUUUAUCUUUUGCAAGGAUGAACAUUUGCUUCUUUCACUAAAACUGCACACUGACAACUUCAUCCUAAAAUUGUCCUAGCCAUCUGUCUGAAAAGGAAUGGGCAACACAGAUGGAAGUGAAACUACAUCAGAAAAUUCCAAUCACAUAUUCACACAUCUCUGAUACAGUAGGAGCUAGACCCUACUUUCUUAUUUUGGUUGUAAGCUAGGAUUCUCAGGAUUCAAAAACAAUUGUAGUGAAUUACUUGGGUGGGCUUAAUUUGAGUAAUGGUAUAUCCCAUCCUAAUGACUCAUUAGUAAUGCAUUCCUAAGUUUGAGUUGUUAGUGAAUAACUGGGUGGUUCUCUAGCUUUAAUGGGAUCGUAAGUAUGCCUUUAUGCUGCUUUCACAAUUGUGUAGCAAAUCACCAUGUAAUGUUAAGGAUGGCUUCAGCUGCUCAGAUAAUAAAUGAUAGAGCUAGUAAUAGCUUUGGGUCUGUUAGUUGCAUAGGUAUAUAUCUGAAUUCCAGUUCUCUAGUCAUAGUUUAGAGAGGACAAAAUUCCGUCAGAAUACCUUGCACAUGUGGGAAGGGACAGAGAUAGGGAAUUGUUCCAGCAGAACCUAGUUGGUAGAAAGGAAGUGUCUCAGAAGCAUCAGCCAAGAUCCACAGGUGCAAUUAACUCCUGUUGUUCAGGUAGAAGUUCAAAGGUGAUCUUGGCCAGUGAACAGAAGGGAAAUGAAAGGGAGUAAAUAAAACAAAAUUCUAAAGGUGGUCUUGUGAGCCAAGAAUGGAGGUCAUUAACUCAAGAUACUUACAGGCUUAGAGUAUGGGAGGAAUUUAAACUAGUACCAAGAAUAUUACUUUGUGAGCACAAGCAUUUCUGUGCCCAGUGCACUGUUCGGGGAUUCUUCCCAAACCCCCAAGCCAAUUUCAGGUGCAUACAUUGUGGCGGGGGAGAGGGAGAGGCCCAUUGCACUAGUGGAAAUGCUUGUGCUGUUGUCUGCUAUCAGGACCGCUUAGUUGAAUCCAUUCCUAUGCGUUCAGAACAUGUAUCAAACAUUUAUUGUGGACGUUAUGGUACUAAGCUUUAGGGUUUCAAUUCCAAAACAAAUAAAAACAGUGCAGAUAUAUAAACGUAUCCUUGUAGUAGAACUUUCCUAUAACAGAGAAAGGGAAUACAUUUAUUGAAAUUUAUUGACCCUUAUUUCUGCUCUCUAUCCUGAACAGUUUUCAAGAAUUCUUGGGUAUUUUCAGAAUUAAUAAAACCUGCAGUCUUUUUUCUUACAUUCAUAACUAUGUUACAUUAUCAUUACCCAGUUACAUUGCUAAUUGAAAUGUUUUAUUAUGAUAAAUUAAUAUGACUUUGGUGACAUAAUCUCAAAUGCAGUAGAAAAGGUGUUUCUGUGCCACAUCACAGGCUUGAGUGUCAGGUCUUCUAGCAAGAUUGUUUGAAGUUGUGGAGCACCACUGACAUGGCUUUCUGCAGCCUGGAGAGUGCCUUUCUGUGGACCUCAGAAUUUUCUUUAGAAAUAUUGAUAUAUGGCUCUUCUGAUUGUGGAAAUGUAAUAUGUGCUAAAAGCACAAAAAAUCAAAGAGUUAUCUGCUGUUUGAGAGUUGGGUUUCUGUGUUCUUUACUUACCAUUUCCUUUUCUGCACUUAAACUUAAAUGAUGUUCCAUACAUUUUGUUAAAAUAUAACUAAUUUGUUAAAUCUUUGCUUUAGGACUGGGUAAUGUUCACAUGUAGGGCAAUAUCUAACUAAGUUGCUCCAUCACAGCAAGGUAGAUGACUUGUGCAACUGACCUUCUAAUCACCUGCCUGCCAUGCUCCCUAAAUCUAUUCCUCCACCACUCCAGGGCAGAUUUGGAGAGGGCACUGGAUACAUGUGGGGAGGAAGUUACGUUACACAAGCAGAAAUCUUUGUGCUGGUGAAAAGAGUUAGUUGGAUACUGCCCAUACCAUCCAGUAUGGAGUUUUAGUAUAAAGUGUGCAUGACACUACAGUUCUAUUCUUAGUAUAUAUGUUCCGAGAAACAAAACCUCUCUUCUUCCCUCUGGCAAAGCAGGAAUACAUGCAUUUCUGGAGUAGGAUACAUAAGGACAAAAUUUUCAGCGGUCAAUUCUAACGCCUUAAAAGUAUCAUUAACCAAUCAGUUAUGCCCUUUGUUUUAGUUUUCAGUAGUUUUCAUUUGUGGCUCUGAGUUGGUUCUUAGCAUGGUUUAUUCAGGGACAGGAAUGGCACCACUUGUUGGCAUCCGUCUGUCUGGAGAGACAGUGGAGUGCACCUCCAGGGGUGAAGUAAAACCGCUGUAUUAGCAGCACCAAAGUGACCUCCCUUGGGUGCAAGCCUGGGCAGUAUGUUUGGAUGUCCUGGGCUGCCCAGACAGCAAGACCUCUUGGCCUCACUGAUAUGCUGAUAGGAAAUGCACCAAAGCACUGUUUUAUCCCAUUUCUGGUAUACCCUGACUCUAUAGUGAUAUAGCUAGGUUUAUUGUGGGGGGCCUCAGACUCAGACAGCAUGGCUUUAGUCCAACAGCAUCUGGGGAGCCACAAGUUCUCUACCCUGGUGUUAUUGGAAUAGUUUCACCAAACUAAAACCAAAUUUCUAAAGUCAAGAGAGUAUUUGAAGGUUACCUACCUUUAUCUGAGAUUGUUAUUCUUUGUUUUGGGACUGAUACUUUGGGCAUGGAGAAGAACAGUUUUUAUAUUUUAUACUUGCCUAUCUGAUAACAACACUAUUACUGUACUAAGAACAAGUGAGUGUCCUAUGCUACCCCCCUUUCAUGGUCUUUCUUCUGCUCUCUUGUAACUCCCAUGAGAGAAGAAUAGCUAAGCACAUGAGAUAACUAUUUCCAACUGGUAAAGGUAAUAAAAUCAACCCUCCAGCUGGAAAGUGGCUGGUGAGGAAGGGCUACCCUGGGGACUAUAAAAAAGAAGACCCUUCUUCCUUUUGUUUCCUUGUACCCGACUACUCCAGGGGGCUUGGUGGUGCUCCUCUACCCUGUUAUUUCCGCUGAUAAGUUGUUGGAAGACAGGGUUAUGUGCAAUAAAAUAACACACAAACUUGUUUGCAUUCUUACACAGAGCUUACACAAUGUUUAAUGCAUGCAAGUUUACACCCAAAGGUGACUUGCAGGAGAGACACGAUGUCAUAAUGAAAUAUCUAGAGUCAAUAAUAAAUAGAAUAAAUACAUAUAUACAUAGUGCUGAUCAUUAAUGCUGUGUUUGGGUACAGUUUACAAUUCUAGAAAGCAUACAUUACCUAUUUAAACCUGUAAAUGAAAAUAAAGAACAUGUUAAGUAAUGGACAUCUAUCCUGACAGUGUAAACUACCUUAAAAAUUGCUGCUUGUACAGCUUCUUAAAUAGCACUUACAGUGCAAUCCCACUCAACUAUACUCAAAGAGUUCAAGGUGGCUUACUUUCAGGUAAGCUUGCAGAGGAUUUCAUCCCUAAUUAGGACUGGUAGUCCAUGCAGGCAAGGAAUUUCAAAGAUGUCAUUUUCUGAAGAGGAACAUCUCAACAUAGUUCUCUAAUGAUGUGUUUUUUAGACUAUUAAUAAGAAUUACAAAUGGUUUUAGUUAGAAAAUGCAUAGUCUGGGCAAUGGUUAAAACUUCAUGGACAUCUUCUUUGAAUUUACCUUCGACCAAAUGGGGAAAAGGAGCGGACUAUAAGAGCACUGGUAUAAUGUGCUAUGUUUUAUCUAUGCUUGCCUACUAGUGGCUGGUCUCUCUUGGAAAAUCCAGAUGUUGCAUAACAAUUUUCUUGCGGGAAUGAUAAUUGUCUAGAAACCUGGCAUAGAAGGAUAUUGGGGGUUGGGGUUAAAGAGAAGGAAUUCAACAGCUUUUUUUAAAAAAAAAACUUCUAUUCUGUCUGUCAGAAAUUACUCUCCUCUGAAGGCCCGUACUGGGCAUUAAACUGGUGUUCAAUGUGUAACACAAACACACUUCACCACUAUUCACAUUACUAACCAACAUUGUGACUUCGGCAAAAACAAAAAAAAAAAUCAUUACAUUGUCAAGAUGUGGCCCCUUUCCAUUGUAUGUAUAACUGAAAUCUCUCGAAAAAACUUGUUCUGGUUUGAGAGAGGCCAAUAUUGAAAUGUAUCAGAGAUGCCACUUUUAACCAUCAUUCUGAACUUUUUUAUGUCCACAUUUUCUGGAAGAUGGAUUUUGACUAUUAAUUUGGUUUUGUAUGUUUUCUCUGUGUGAUAUUUGUGCAUUAUUAGAUGACUAGACUGGCCAAGGCAGACCUGUUACACUUGCCUGAGUUAGGCAUUGUUUGCCAUGCCACUAAACCUGCCGCCAAGUGACAACUUCAUGGGGGAAUGAGAGCGGAGUCUGGCCUGCAGAAGAUGGACGCCCUGUCUCUGUUUUUAUUAUUUUAUUUUGCUUUCUUUUCUCUUCUUUUUGUUAAUUUUGUCCCUUUUUUGCUUUAAUUCUUUCAUUUCUACCUGUGAGCUGGUUCUUCAGUUCUGUAAAAAUGGUGUUCUGUUACAAGAGUUCAUGAUUCAUUUUAAACUUGACCCUAUGAAAUUGUUCAUAGAUCAACCAAAAAUUCCAGAGUUUAGACUUUGUAGUUAGAUUGUAGAUAUAAUCCUAAACAUACAUAGUUAGAAAUAAAAGAUGAAUAAAAUUAAUAGGAAUUACUUCUGAGUAAAUCUGGCUAGAAUUGGAUUAUUUGAAAAGUGAAGUGAUCCAUUUGUUUCCAUUGGCUCAUAUUAUUGAAGCUUUUAGAUAUAUGUGGCUUUUCCGGACUACAAUCUGAAGACUGUCCUCUGAAAAUACUUCCCCCUCCCUUCCCAGAAGCUCUCUUACUAAGCAACCAUAGCAAGUUGGUUUCCCAUAUCUAAAAAGAUAAUGGCUCCCUUCACAUGUUCACUGAGUUGUUUGGGAGCCACUUUCCCACUGUGUUCUUGGUGGCAGUAUGUAUAUGAAUGCUGAAACCAUAUGACAGAGCUCUGUGAGGAAAAUGCUUCCACAUGGUUGGGUGAGUAUGUGAACGGGGGGGACAUUGUUUUUUCAAUACCUAUACCUGGCCUGUUUAAUUGGCUGUCGUAUUAUUUAUUUUGAAAAUAAAUAAAUAAAUAAUACUAAUAUUCUUAAUUCAUUUCUCAAAAAAUAGGAGAAAGCCUGAAUGUGAAGUAUUGACCAGUGUUUGUUUUAUAUACUGUCUUCUCUUUACUGUAGCAUUCUAUGGGAAGACGGCAAGCAGGACUAAUUUUUCUCUUGAGUUGGCUCACGCUUAUGGCAUACUCUUAGAUACAGCAGAGGCACAUCAUAGAAGUGUUUUCAUUGUCAAGUUUGAAUAUUUUCUGUGUAAAACUCAAGAAAAAUAUCAACAUUCUUCUGUUACAUUUCUCUGAAGUAGAGAUGAGCACAAAUUGAUAUUGUCAUCUCUUUCAUUGCUCUCUUUUUCAAUAAAGAAUUUUGAAAUUUCUGGGAAUUUGAUGUAAGCAGCCAAGGAAUUAUAUUGUUAAAAAUCGAUCCUCCUGAAGUUGCUGAUUUUGCUAACGAGCCAAAAUUUAGAGUUAUUCUAAGGCCACUUGAAUAUAUUUUUUAAGCUAUAAAGAUUACUUCAAGUGAGGGUAAGACACCAGAGGUUUUAAACUGACGCAAGUAAAUUGACACAAAUAAUUAUAGUGAUCAAUCAGUUUAAAAUGACAUGGUCUAGCUCUGAAUGAAUGCGAAGUGUGUAUGUGUGUGUGUUUGCGUCUGCGCGUGCACGCUUCAUAUCAUUGCUUUUAAGAAUGUCAUUUUAGCCAUUGACAAUGCUUAGUGUUUUAUACAUAGAAAGGAGUUUCAACAAAUAUGGAUCUCUUUUGUGGAGAUUGAAACUACUGAAAUAUGUUUUUAUUUUUUGUAGACUUUAACUCCAUUCAUCACUAAGCUGAGAAAUGUAUAGAUAUAUGUAUAGUUAGGAACAAAAGAUACUUUUUAGGUAAAGAAUAGUUUUGUUGCAGAGAAGUAGUUGUGUGUGAAACUAGUUUUCUGGAUUCUAGUUUACGUUUAGUAGUUUUGUUCUGAUCAGAAAUAGAAUUUUUGAUGUUUCAGUUUUGAUGAUGAGUUUUGUUUUCUAGUAAAGUCUGAAAAAGGCUUUACUUGUAGUACUUAAGCUUGGAAGUGGUCUUAUUUAUUCCCAUUGAUUUUUAUCCAUGUAUUAUCUUAAUCUUGAAGCAACCUAUCAGAACACUGAUGUACUUGAAUUUUAUUGUAGUCGAGAGACACUGGCUAAUUCAUGUGUACGUUUUAGACCAUAAUUUGGUUCUUACACAUGGGCCUUGUAUCUUGCCCAAGAAAAAUCAGGAAUAAUUGAUCUCUAUCUGGAUAAGAAGCUAUUAGUAUUUUAAUUGUAAUGCUUUAUUGCUGCCUUAGUAUUGGCUUUGGUUUAUUUUGUAAUUAUAUUCUUCACAAACUCAGAUUGCCUAAGGAAGUUGAAAAUCACAGUUUAGGUCUUCAGGCAGCUUCUAACACCAGAAACUUUCUGAAGCGUAGCAACCUUCCAGAAGUUAAUGCAGUAGUUCGAAAGUUUGCCCCAUAUUAUGUCUUUGAUUGUCUAUGGAAAUGAGGACUGUAGCAGUAGGAGAGGGGGCAGAUAGGAUGUUAGUGGGCAGGGGUCUAUCUCUCUCUCUUUGGAAAUGUCAUUAAAACACCAGGCGAUUUGAGGGCUCAGUGGCUUAGGUUGGUGGUUGUUACUUUGACGAGUAACACUUAGUGUUCAGACAAAGGUGACUUCUAGGCAGAGUGCUUUGCCACGUGCAGGUAAUAAUUUCUGGUCAGUUUUUCAAAUAAUUCUGGUUUGUGUGUGUUAGAAUUUUUUAUGGCUUUUUAAACUCAAGUUGCUGAAGCUUAAAUGGAAAUCACAAUAUUUAGCAGCUCUUAGGAUAUCUUAAGGAAAGACUAAGUGGGUUAGAUUUAAAGCGCACUUUAGUCAAGUUCAUAUUAAGUAAUAAUCCAGUGCAGGCAGUGGUUGAUUAUAAUUAGUACUAAAUGUUGGGUUAAGAUCCCAAACAUAUAGUGACAUUAUUGUUUAUUUUACUGAGGGUCAGCCAUGCUUCCAGAGAAAAUACAUAGGGAUAUCAGCAGAACUUAUUGUCACCUAACAAAUAAAGAUGCCGGACAGGUAGUCAUACUAUCUUAGUUAUGUUUACGUGAUGAAGGUGUAGUGCUUAACAAUGGUUUAGACACUCAGACAUAAAUGCUUAUGUCUGCAUUGGACCAGUGAGAUUGAACAAAUAUUUUGGUAAAUGCCUCGCUACCUCCGGAUGUUAAGGAAACUGGGUAGUUGAAGUACCUAAGCUAAAAAUCAGUGCGGUUCUAGGUUUCUUGCCUUGCUUGAGUUGUUGUACUGGACUGACAAAAGGCAGUCAUCUGGUAACAUUUUUCACUCAGCUAUUUUAGCAGACAAAAAGGGCUGAUUUUGGUUAGCACACUCCUGUUUCCUCUUUUUUUUUCCUUUUGACUGAUUUGGUUAUUUGCCAUUUCUGGGGAUUAAACUUUAAAAAAUGUUCUUCUUUUCUGUAUCUGAUGUUCUGUGUGCUAUUAGUGAUGCAGCCAACACGAACGGUUGUCAUGUGUAACACAACUUUCGAUCACCGUGAAAACAACGUCCUGCGAAAGCGUCCAUGCUUGAUAUCGUUUGGUUCAUGAACAUUAAGUUUCCAGUACAGGUGACCCAUAGCUCAAAGUGUUAAAUAAUUGUCUACAUUGUUCAGUUUUUAAAGUAAUAAUCCGGUAAUGCUAGUUUUGCUCACUUGUUGUUCCUAGUGGAGCAGGGGCAAAGGAAAAACUUGGAAUUAUUUUCUUUUUUGUAAGGCUCUCAUAGAUUGAUUUUUUUUCUUUACUAUUUUUAAGUUGAAGGGUGUUGGUAAAAAAAAUAAAAUAGAAAAAUAAAACUUGGGAGGUGGCGUUACUUUUAGUAACAAAAAUAUUUGCUUCUUCAGGUAAAAUUCCAGAUGAAGCCAAAGCCCUCUCCCUCUUGGCUCCUGCUCCUACAAUGACAAGCCUGAUUCCUGGUGGAGGGUUGCUUCCUAUACCAACACCACCCGUGAGUUCAGUAAGUAGAUAUUCAUGUAAUAAUUCUACUCAAAGGGGAUGCAGUCUAUUCAGUUCUGUUUUGGGUACAUGUUCCAUUACAUUGUAAUGAUUGCAGUAAUUGUCUUGAAUCUGAAAUUAUUCAAUUAUUUGAAAUUAUUAGGACCAGUCUGAAUGUCGCAACACAAUGAGCAAUAUCUAGAGUUCUCCAGAACUCUUUGUCAGGCUGAAUGUUAAGCAAAAAAGAAAAAAAGUUGGGGGGGGGAGAAAGUUGGCAUAAUGUUAAAGCUACAGCAUCUGUAGAUUGAAAUAAUUUUAAAAUGGACUCCAGGUGUUGUUGUGCACUCUUAGAUUUACUAUCUUCUGGGUGCUCAACUUUCUAGAAUUGAAAUAGGACUGAAGUAGCUAUGCAAUAAUGCUUUCGGUAAACAUAGAAGAGGACUCCUCUUCUUAAGACAUAUUAGUGACAGUGUAUAUAGCUUUUUACAGUUGCUUUCCUUUUACCUGGUCUGGUCAGCCAAGAUGGUUUGUGGUCACAUAUCAAACAGCAGGUUUUAGGACUGGUGCUAACAGUCCUAAUUUUUGAGGUGAAUUUAAUUUGAAUCAGUCCACAGUGGGAGGAAAACUUUUCAUACUUAUUUCUGUAAAAACUAUCCUCUGUUUUCAGAUUGGUAUUUCUCUUGGUCCACUGGGUGCGAUACCAGCAGCAGCGUUGGAUCAUAAUAUUACAGCCAUUGGAGACAUACCGCAGCCGCCCAUUAUGGGCAAUGUGGAUCCUUCCAAGAUUGAUGAAAUUAGGAGGACUGUAUAUGUUGGAAACUUGAAUUCCCAGGUAAAUGUCUUUGCUACAGUAGAUGCAUUAAUGCAGGUGUGAGGAACCUUUGGCCGUCCAGGUGUUGCUGAAUUACAGCUCUCGUCAGCCCCAGCAAGCAUGGCUAAUGGCCAGGGAUGAUGGGAACUGUAGUUCAAUACCAGAAGGGCCAAAGGUUCCCCACACCUGCAUUAAUGGAAAGUGUAGCUUUAUAUUCCAUGGCUUGAUAGCUCUGAUUUUGAGCAAACUAAAAGAGCAUCUGCUGCAUCAGCCUUUCCCUGAUGCUGUGUACAGAGGUUAGUUACAGACUCUAUACAGCCUGCAAGAGCUUGAAAAUGAUUACUUUUCCUCCCAACUUGUAUAGUAUGGUGCUGUGCACAACACACAGGUCACAAGGCCCCUCUCAGAUGAUCUAUACCAGAAGUUGCCAGUAUGAUCCCCUCCUGAUGUAGUUGGACUACAACUCCCAUCAUACCUGACCAUUGGCUAUGCUGUCUGAGACUGAUGGGAGUUGUAGUUCAAUAAAUAUUUCAAGGGCACCAUGUUGGCUCUUCCUGGUUUAUAGUCUGCAUUAGAUGGACAGACCAUGCAGUAUGGAGAGUGUCAUUCAGGAGUUUACAGUACUGUAGUUGGGACUUGGGUAUCUAUUUUGGCUGGGUCAAAGGAUAUGGGGCAGGCUUAUAAGUGAAUGCACGUGAUGUUACUUGACUGAGCCCUCUUUCUUUCUCUUUAAAGACUACUACAGCAGAUCAGCUUCUUGAGUUUUUUAAGCAAGUUGGAGAAGUCAAGUUUGUGCGGAUGGCAGGCGAUGAGACUCAACCAACACGUUUUGCUUUUGUCGAGUUUGCUGACCAAAAUUCUGUUCCUAGAGCCCUUGCCUUUAAUGGAGUUGUGUUUGGAGAUAGGCCACUGAAGUAAGAAACUGUACAAAUAUUAUCAAAAUAAAUUGGGAGGUAUAUUGUGUGUAAUUACAACCCUGUCCUAUAGAACUCUGCCACAGUUUUAGGAAACUACUGAAUUAUAUAUAUAUAUAUAAAUUUUUUUUUAAGCACAGAAUAGCAUUUCCAUAGCAAUAUUUGCAUGCAUUUUUUAUUUAACUCUGUGCAAGGGCCCUCUGUCUUUACUUAAAACCUAAAUCGUGUUGGCAAACAGAUCUGCUGAACCUGUGUGAAAGGUUUGCCAUGCAGAAGUUGCCUUUUCAAUGGUACUUUAAUCCCAUUACCAAGUACCUGAUAAAGCCUGUUAAUCUGUUUGCCGUUAGUACUUUGGUAGAAAAAGUGCAAUCUUAUUCUUUUUAGCUGUUGCUUGUGUGCAAGCAGAGGCAUGUGCCACAACAGUUCAAGUGGUAUCCUCUGUGAGCUCUACCCUGUUUGCAAUUUAAUACCCCCAGGCUCCAUACUGGUUCCUGUCCUGAAAUAAAGACCACGGGCAACUCCAGCUCUAGAGAUCAGAGGCAAGUUUUGCAAAAUCAAGUAAAAAUUGAGCCAACAAGCCAAUGCUUUUAUUUAUAAAAUUUAUACAACGCUUGAUUGUAAAAAAAAAAACCAAACAUCAAAGCAGUUUACAAAACAGAAAACAGCAAAAUCAAGAAAAAUUUACAACCCAACUUUAAAACAUACAAAAGCUAAAAUACUAAAACAGAUUGAAAUUAAUUAUUUAUUUAGUAAUGGUGAAACAACUAUGCAGGAUAAAAGUGGUCUGGCAUUCAGCAUUUCAAACAGAAAUCUUAAGUUUAAGUUCAAGCAUUUGGAAGAAAACUGUCAAAAUUGUAGUUACCUGUUGUAAUCCCCUUUUGGCUCUUUUCCGUGUUUUGAGAUGGGUGCACUUUGCAAAAUCAAAUACAUAAUAUCCUUUGCAUGGAGCCAGCGAAACACUUAUUUCUUUUGCCUAAUACUGUAUUUAAUAACCUUUGUUAUUUCUAAAGUGACUUGACUAUAAUACAGCACCUGGAGUUUAAACUAAAAAGAACAAAGCUUGCACAUAGACUUCAAAAAGCAACGAGCCUUAAUGAGAAAAGGAGUUGACAGGAAAAAGGAAAGAGAAAGUCUCUUUUCCCAGGUGUUUAACAGAGAACAUAAAUAAAGGUAGAUUUUCCGCCAUCCCUUACCUGCAGGGACGAGGUAUAAUCCAAAGUAGUUGUGGACUUAAGAAUAUGAGGCUUGUGCUGGUCCCCAGUUCUGUGGCUGACUGCACUAUAAAAUGAAUAUUUGGGUGUGAAGUGCAUAUUUUUUUCUGUGCGUUUAGUUCAACUACGUGUGCAUAUGUGCAAUGACGUAUAAACUGAAUUGAUUUUGCUUGUUUAAUUUAGAAUAAAUCACUCCAAUAAUGCAAUAGUGAAGCCUCCUGAAAUGACACCACAAGCUGCUGCUAAGGAGUUGGAAGAAGUGAUGAAGAGAGUACGGGAAGCCCAGUCUUUUAUAUCUGCUGCUAUUGAGCCAGGUAGGAUAUUAUUACUUUCUUGGAAUACGACUAUCUCCACUGCUAGGAUGAAAGUAUCUCUGCUGCAAUGAAUCCUGGUGUAUAUUUAGAAUAGCUUUUUAUUAUUUAUUUUUAGAUAUAGGGAAAGGCCAGCUUGAGCAACAACCAGUGGACAACAUUGUUUUGUGACCCAUCUGUUUUUGAUGGCGUCUGAGAGGUUUUACACUUUACACCGUGAAGAUAGAACUGUUCAUACACUGGGUAGCACUGCUUUCUAUUGUCAAAGUGCUGAAUGGAGUCCUUUUUAUUAACCGUAACAUAAAUGUAUGGGGUUUUUUUUCCUUGUUAGCCCCUCCUUUCAUUAACUCCCUGUCUCCUCCACCUUCUCCCCUGCCAGGUGUCUUGCUGCUUCUUCAGUCUUUUCCUUUCAUCUUGCUACCUACUGUGCUCACAUUCCUGCUUACCUUUUUUCUGUGACCUAAUCCCAUCCAGUCUCCCAACCUUUUCUCUAUAUAUCACAAAUAACAUUUCUGGUUCAGCAGAUCAUGGUUUGGUGAAGUGGGAAUGAAGCAACAAGCUGAAGUUGUUCUCUCUUCCCCACUGCCUUGCACACUCAGCUUCAGAGAAAACUUCCCAGUUUCUUAAACUGGUUUCCUGUGAUAUCUGAACUCAUUAGGAAACUUCAUUGCAGCCACUUCUUUCUUUGUUAGCUCUCUUCUGAAACUGGGCAAGUGCAUGAGAAGAUUCUAGCAGUUUUGGCGAAGGGGAGUGUUGGAGAUAGAGAUCUGGUUCAUCUCUAAUCUUCCUAGUUCAGCAAACUCAUUUGCAAUCCAAGCUUAUAGAGAGCACUCCUCCCAAUGUUCUAUGAUAGCAGUUUCAGAAGAGGUCUCACUGGCAAGAGCUGACUUUUACAUGAUUUUCUAAUGAAUGUUGAAAUAUUUAGCUUGCCAAUUAUUAUUAUUAUUAAUUGUAACAUUUUAACCAGUUAAAAAAGAACAAAUAGCGCUGAUUGACAUGCAGUUCCAUUACCUACCUUACAAGUAUCUGGCACUUGCAUAUCAGAUGCGUUGGGUUCUUUGUUUUUAAAAAGGUGUAUGCUAUUAUUAUUUUUAAAAAAUUCAACUUCCAAAUCCAGAAAUAUCUAUUACUGCUUAAGGGGAAGAUUCAGUUAAUAUUGUUUCCUGACCUGGCUGGCCAGAGUUCAUUUGAUUGAGCUGAUCUGAAAAUCGCUGGGAUUAAAUACAUCUAUCAGUGGAAUAACUUUGACUAAUGUUUGUCAUCCGUAUUCCCAAUCUAUUGCUUCAUUUAGUGAUUGAUUAUAAAACAUAUAUUAUUGAAACCGUUCUGUAGGGGGACUAGGUUUUCAAGCCCCAACUCCUUAAUUGUAAUAGUGCUUUGGCAAUAAAAUACAGUGCUAUUAUUUGUGUUUCUGCAUAGUUUUUCAAACUGCUUUAUUGGAAUUUGUGUUUCUCUCUGAAGUGAGUUUUGCCAAACAUGUUUUAAACUUGUGCAUUGUGGCGGCAACAUAAAUCCCAUUCCUUAUUUAGCUAGCUGUUUAUAAUUAUCUGGUUUAUGUGUACUGCUGCAGGAUGGCUGCACUCAACGAAUAUAUGCAAUGACUUUCUUGGAUGUUUCUGAAGGAUUUUUGCAAAGAAGGAAGAUGUGCAGAGAGUAGGCCCCUUGCAAUAUAUGUGGUACAUUCCACUUGUGCCAGAUUGUUAGCUGGGAUCUGUAAAUAUUCUGAGCUUACACUGCAAAGUCGUUUUUUCUCUCAGAGUCUGGAAAGAGCAGUGAAAGGAAAGGUGGUCGGUCGCGCUCCCAUUCACGUUCAGUAUCCAGAUCUAGUUCAAAAUCUCGAAGGAAAAGAUCACACUCAAAACGCAGGUAAAAUUCUCACGUAUAAAAUCCUCUGAAAGCAACAGUUGACCUGUCCCUUCUCUGUUUCUUAAGGAAAUUCAAUUUAAGCCGUUAAUACAAUUUGUGGAUGGUUGAAAUGAAGAACUGUUUUGAAUUUGAAUUCCUUAUUUUUCAUGGCAAGAUGGCAGCUGUAGUGAAACAGUUUCGGAAAUGGUUACAAAGUAAAUCAUGCUGAAUCCAGAGGACAAAAUCUAUCCGUUCUUCCAAGAACCCCUGUGCUUCCACCAAUAACUGCUUUUGGGUUUCCUUUUCUCCUUUGGGGAGCAAAAUGAAGGCGUUCUCUCUUAGAAGUUGGGCUCUUGAAACGAUGCCUCACUGCUGCUUCCUCCGAAAACCCAGUUGGGAAGAGGGAGAAUCCACACACACACUUCCACUGCCUGUUCAGUUUGUGGAAGCGAUAGCUUUCUGCAAAACCCCAACUUGCAGAAUUAAAAGCAUCUUUCCUUUAUUGAGAAUGGAGCAGAAAAAAGAUAAGUGGUUUUGCUUCUGCAUAUUGGGCUUUUGCAGAAAGGGGCAGCUAUGCCCUUUACAAAAAUUAAUGGAAAGCUAAGAGAACACCUUUUCCCCAUCUUUAACAUGUCACAUCACUCAAAAUAUGACGCUGCUGUCUGUGCUUCUGAUGUUUGAGGGAGAAAAUCUCAAUGUCUUUAGUUUAUUAGGUAACUGAUCUGUUUCCCCUUAAUUUUAGCCUCACAGUAUAGCACAGUUUUUUCUAGUUGUUAGGGUUUUGAAGAGAAGGCACAAGCAAAAUAAUGUGAGUUCAACACAAUGGAGAUUUUGAUAAUAAAGUCAAAAUAAUAAUAAAAAAUCAGAAGUGACUGAAAUGGAUACAAUUAUAAAAACACAUCUUACAUUAUACAAGGAAGGAAAUAGAAAAAAAAAUGCCACCCAAUAAAACUAUAUUUUGGAGGGAUUUUCCACUCCUGUGACUGCAGUGUCAUAUAUUUAAUAUAUAAUCCCACAAUAGGGGUGAAAUCAGAAGGAUCAGUGCCACCCUUAGCUGCUUAGAUAUCUCGGUUUCUCUGAGAUAGCAAUGAACAUAACUUUCAUGAAUUAAUGAGUAUAGUGUGAAGCUUGUUUCCAUUACUAAUCGAGCAGCUACCAGUAACUAUACAUUUAACUGCUUACAUAUAAGAUCCACGUUACCUUUAUAAAAAUUAUACAAAACACAUAAUUCAGGUCUAGGAUCACAUUUUUAUCUAUUAAGUGUCCUGAUUUUUAUAAUCACUUGUUUCAACAAUUCAUGGACUUUGGCACAACUCUAUCACAUGUGCCAAUCAGGUCUCAGUGGUCCACAGCCCUGAUCUUGUAAUGUCAGCCAAACAUGCAUGAAGUUGUCCCUUACCAUACUGUGUCAAUGCUUCUGAAGUUCAAGGAUGGAAAUCUUGGCAACAUGAGUUUUUAGGUAACUGAGGUAGCCCCCAAAUCAAAUGGUCUGUUUCCUCUUAAUUCUUGCCCCAGAGUAUACAGCAAUUAAGUAUCUCAGAUUCAGAUAGUGUUUAGUACGAAUUAUGUCAUACUUAAUUAUGUUUACAUUUUGUGACAUCAAUCUUUGUUUAUCUAAAUAUCCGACAUUGUUUUGUUCUUGUUGCCUCUUCGGUUUACAGGUCCUUUCUUUUAAGCAAAAACACCCACUACCACCUCAAUUCUAAAUCUGUUGUGAUGGCAGUCAUGCUAUUCAGUGGAAGCUUAACACACUUAAGUACAGAGGAGUGCCAUGAUGGUAAUAAGCAAUGGAAGUACUUGAUUUAAAAGGGGCCUUCUGUGUAGAGUGUGCAGUGCCAUUCACUAGUUUCCCAGUUGCAGUACUGGAUCUGAGAACAUGGUUUUUUAAUGUGUUUUAUCUCUCUGUUCUUCUGGUCAAUGCAAUAACAAACAUUAAAAUCACACAAUGCAAGGAAACCAGAAUAAGUAUUUGAUCAGCAUGCUGAGCAGUAUAUUGGAUGAGGUAGGUAACAGUUUGAAAUAUCUCAGUGGAACAGCUUUGUUACUUCUGUUGGGUAGCCUUUACUGUCUAGCCAGCAACCAGGGUGGUUUGAAGCCAAGCAGGUCUGGCUAGUGCCUGAAUAGCGGACCACCUGGAAACAACAUCUAUGCUGCUUCCAUGAUAGAAGAAAGGCAGGAUAUAAAUGUAAGCAAAUAAAUGAAAUACAAAUUUUGUUUGUGGAAACUUACAACAGAACGUUAGCUCCACUUCAAAUCUCUAGCAUGCAUACACAUUCCUAUUGCGUCAGAUGAGUAUUGCAAUAAAUAAUGGCACUGAAUAGGAACCCGAGCAAGUUCAGUGAAAUUGUUUUGCAGAUACAUUCAUAAAUGUUUUCCUGUACAAAAUCAUUUUGGGUGAGCCACAAAUGUAAUUUUAUACCCAUUUAGUUCUUAGCUUGCUGGACCUCACUUGGAUCACAAACAACAGCUUCGCUUAAUCCUUUGCGGUGCAUUGUAUAGCUUGGUGAUGAUGACACACAUUAAAAUAUUCAGGGAGCUUUCCAAAAAUAAAUAUUACUGAUGAAGGAGAUGUAUCUCUUGGGGGUAUUCCUUCGGUAUAUGGACCAUUUGAAUGAGCCUCAAUGCUGAAAUGCAGUGUUUCUGUCUCCCAUAUCCCACCCUGCCCCCCCCCAAAUCAUGGGCAUGUUAUAGUAAAUUUAGGCACACAAUCCGAAGAAGGGGUUGUCAUUUAAUACAAACUGCAAACCUUUGUAUGCAUGGAAGCAAAUUUCACGAGAUUCUUCUCCCUCUGAAAAAAGUGGGGGAAGGAGGCCUCAUUAUGGAAUACUUACACCACAUCUUAGUUCUGUAAGUAAUGCUAAUUUGAGGUGGCACUUUGCUGUGCAUUAUUUUAUCAGUUUGAUUGCCUUUCUCAAACAAUUUUGUUUUAGUUACCUUUUGCUAGGAAGCUAAUUUUGAUUUACAUUCUCUAUUUUAUGCCCGUUUUAAAUAUUAUGUUUGAAAAAUUGUAUAUUAUUUUGUACAGUGGAGUGCAAAUUACAAUUUGUAUGGUUUAUAAUAGGGACUGGUGAAACAACGUAGUCCAUAGCAUUUAUCAUUUGCUGUUGCAUGCUAUAGGAGUAGAUCUCGCGACAGAUCCCGCUCCAGCCAAAAGGACAGACGGGACAGAUCCCGCUCCAGCCAGAAGGACAGACGAGAGAGAUCCGUCUCCAGCCAGAAGGACAGACGGGACAGAUCCCGCUCCAGCCAGAAGGACAGACGAGAGAGAUCUAUCUCCAGCCAGAAGGACAGACGGGACAGAUCCCGCUCCAGCCAGAAGGACAGGCGCAGAUCCAAAACUCCACCCAAAAAACGCUCAAAAUCUAAAGAAAGGCUGAGAUCAAGAAGCCGGUCGCCUUCUCGGUGAGAUUCCUAUGAUUAAUUUAUUUCUUUUAUAUUCUUUGUGGGUAUUGAGCGACUUCCUGAACAUUAGAUGUAGGGUUACAAUCUCACCAUAAAAUAGUGGUUUUUGUAGCAUCCCAACAUUUGCACUCCUUCAGUAUAACAAAUAGCUCUAAUUUUAUCUCCUUUUUAUUACAGUGGUGCCUCGCAAGACGAAAUUAAUCCGUUCCGCGAGAGUCUUCGUCUAGCGGUUUUUUCGUCUUGCGAAGCAAGCCCAUUGACGGAUUAGCGCUAUUAGCGCUAUUAGCGGUUUAGCGGCUAUUAAAGGCUUAAAGGCUUAGGGGAUUAGCUGCUAAAAGGCUAUUAAAGGCUAUUAAAGGCUUAGCAGAUUAGAUAAAGGGGGGGGAAAGCGAAAAAAAAAUCUCAAGACUCGAAAGGUAUUUUCGUCUUGCGAAGCAAGCCCAUAGGGGAAUUCGUCCUGCGAAGCAACUUCAAAACGGAAAACCCUUUCGUCUAGCGGUUUUUCCGUCUUGCGAGGCAUUCGUCUUGCGGGGCACCACUGUAUUUACUUAUUACUUGCUUAAAAGCAUUUCUAAACUACUUAAUGUGUAAAAUAUAAAAACAAAAAUUCAGCCCCCAAAUCAAUAAAACGGUAUAAAAAUCUAAAAACAAAUAAAACAGAUUCAGGAGGUGUUACCCUUCCUUUACUAGAUUUACUACUGCUCUACUAGAUGCUCUUCUGCAAUCCUGAAGGUAUGCUUGAGGGUGGGAAGAAGCUCUUUAGUUGACUUUAGUUCUUUUUUUUUAUAAUUAUUUUUAUUAAGGUUUUUUUUGGGGGGGUUACAAGGUACAUACAUCAUCUCUAUUAUCAGAUCAUGAAGUCUGUUCUACAGAUCAGUCAUUUAAUAUGAGACUUUGAUGUUGGUUGGUGGGGAGAAAAGAUGUAGGGGUAGGAGGGAAGGCGGGGUAGUAAACAUUAAUUCUUUUACAUAGUAUAGGUGUGAGGUUUUUGUGUCAGCAGUUGACUUUAGUCUUUUGUUGUAAUGAAUGCUGCACAGUUUAAAUUAAUGUUUUCAUUUUACAGGGAGAAGAGGAAGGAAAGCAAAGAGAGGAUCAGAGAGAAGGAAAAGAUUAGUAGAGAAAGAGACAGAGAGAAGGAAAAAGAGAAGGAUCGAGACAAGGAUAAAGACAGGGGCAGGGAGAAGGAAAGGGGCAGGGAGAGGGAGAGGGACAAAGAGAAGACCCAGGAUAGAACCAAAGAUCGUGCAAAAGAUAAGGACAAGGAUCGGGAGAAGGACAAAGACCAAGAGAAGGAAAAAGAAAGAGACAAGGAGAAAGUGUCAGACACAGAAAAAGACAAGGCAGAGGAUCUGGACAAAGUCAGAGAGAGGGAAAAAGAGACAGAGACUGAGAAGGAGGAAGACAAGGAGAAGGAUAGCAAAGAACAGCUAAAAGGAAAAGAGGAGGACAAGGAGAAAGACCAAGAGAAAGAAAAAGCAGAGGAGAAAAGCAGUGAAAAAGAAAAAGAGAAGGAAGCAGAGAAGCCAAAAGAUAAGGACAAGGAAGGAGAGAAGGCAAAAGACCGAGAUAAGGAGCGGGAACGAGAGAAAGAAAAAGAGAGAGAUGAAAAAAGGAAGAAAGAAAAGAGAUCCAGGACACCUCCCAGAAGCUACAGUUCCUCAAGAAGAUCACGAAGUUCCAGCAGGUUCACUUUUUUUCUUAUAAUUUUGUCAUGCUUUGUAGAUUUAUUGCUUCUGUUUAUGAAAAACUUUUGGGGGGGAAACGUAUUCAAAUCAGUGUAGAAUAAAUCAUGUCUUUAGUAUUGCAAAGAAGAAGAAGGGAUAAAUACAGUAGGCUCAUGUUCUAGGAGGUGGCGUGCGGGGUUUGCACAUAAAGCCAAAAUCGUAUACAGGGAGAACAAGCUCUGCACUGCUCCCACAUGACCAUUUCUACCUUUCCGAAGCCAGUAAGCUAAGUGGCCCUUGUCCCCUUGGGAGGCUCUUGUGCGGGGUCUAGAGACUCUCACGAGAUCUCUGCCUUGCGUGCAUUUAAUUUGUGUGAUUGCGGACUGAGCACGUAAGGCUGCUUAGGGGAAAUCCUGAGGUUUUCAGAAGUGCAAAAAAUCUUUAUGGAAAAUCCCCCUAAGGUGGGGUGAAUUGAGUUUGCCCAGUGGCCAGUGAAUGCUGACAAUUGGGUAUGGGGGGAAAGCAGAAAGGAGGUAGAAGGGGAAGGCAUGGCUGGCUGACUAAAAACAGUGAACAGGAGCUCUCCACACUGCAACAUUUUGUUACAGUUCCCACUUGUGAAUUGUAAUUUCCAACAUUAAUCUUUAAUUACUGAAUCCUACAGAGAUAGACGGAAGCGGAAGAGCCGAAGUCCCUCAAAGUCUCCAAGAUCAUCUAAAAUUACAAAAAGGAAAUCCUCUCGAUCUCCAUCUCCAAGGAGGUAAGUGUAUAGCUCUAUCACGCAAGGUCCUACAGUAUACACUGCAGGCUCUCCCCAGUGCACACCUCACUCUAUUAGUGGUCAUUUUACUAGAAUGACAAGAAAUUGGGGUUGGUACACACACAUGCAUCCUGGAAAUACUUAUAUUGAAGUGUGCUGCAUAAAAUGUUAAACUCAAAUUAUAAGGAAAAGAGGGGAUGAGAAUAUUAAGACUGGCAUUUGCAUGAGCUGGAAUAUGGAUGCACUUUUGAUUUCUUUGUCAGUGGAAAAUUACUUUCAGUAGAGCUGAGUAUGUGGAAAAACUGCAUUAUACUUCUGAGAAAGCAUCAAGCAGUUUACAAAAUAGCAGUUCAUUCCUGCUGGAUAAUUAUUUUACAUUCUUAUAGCACUUGCAUGUUCAAAAUCUUCUUACAUAUGUUGUCCUGGGAAGCCCAGCCAGAUGGGCAGGGUAUUUUUUACUAUUACUAUUAUUAUUAUUAUUAUUAUUAUUAUUAUUAUUGCAAUAAGAUUAUCCCAGUAUUGCAGCUGGGGGAAUGAGGCUAAGAAAACUAGUUAGUUGCCUGAAGCCACCUGCCGCAUCUUUAGGCAGAAGCAGUAUUUGAAGUGGGCACUUCGAAUUCAUGGCUAAGACUGCAGAAUUAUUGGCCCCAUAAAGCUGGAGAAAGGAGACAGAAACAUCAGAAAAAACUUUCUGACAGUAAGAGCUGUUCAACAGUGGAACGGUCUCCCUCGGGAGGUUGUGGACUCCCCUUCCCUGGAAGUUUUAAAGCAGAGGUUGGGUGGCCAUCUGUCCUGGACGCUUUAGCUGAGAUUCCUGCAUUGCAGGGGGUUGGACUAGAUGACCCUCAGGUCCCUUCUAACUCGGCAAUUCUACAAUUCUAUGAUUCUAAGCUUGUUUUGGCUCUCUGCUUUAAUCAGCAAGUACAAAACAUAAACAAGUAGGUUGCAAUCCACAUUUUGCACGAAAGAUGAGCCAGGGACCAUCUCUCCCUCUCUAUUCUGCCAGUGUUGGGAAUAAGGUUCUGGCUUGUCUUACUUGGCUAGUUUCUUGCCAUGGUAGAAUGUCAGACCAUGUUAUUGGCUGCUCCCCUCUGCCCCUUCAUGUGGCAUGUUCAGCAUUUGUGUGAAAGUAUCCCUGUGUGCAUACAGCAGAUGCAUACAGGGGAAUGGGAACAGAGCAUAUAUGACCUUUUUAAUUGCAGCUACUUCAUUCUUAUUUUCAAAACAGAAAUAAGAAAGACAAAAAGACCGAUAAGGAGAGAGACCUGAGUAAUGACAGAAGAGAAAGGGAGCGGUCUACCUCCAAGAAAAAGAGUAGCAAAGACAAGGAUGUUAAAGAGAAAUCUGAUAAAACCACAACUUUGAAGGUAAGUCACUGUGAAUGAGUGAGCAAGCCAGAAACAGGUGUGGAAAAGAAUGCUUGUCAUUGACUGUUUGGAUACCUCAUGCAGUUUCCUCUAAGGUGGUGUUUGGUGAUCAUUGGUUGCUUCUAAAGUGCCUAGCACCUCCAAAGACAUCUUGAUCACUACAGGCUGGGUGGAUGUGGGGAAUCUGAAGAAAAUGUAAAUUACACUGCAGUUGAUGAAUAGGACUAAGUAGACUACUUAGUAGAGCAGUGCACAUGCCAUUUAGCAGUAUGAAGCUGGAAGGUACAAAGUGGUUGCCUGGAGUAAAAUGUCAGGUGCCAACAGCCCACAUGCAUUAUCAGCUCUUGAGAAACAAUAUGCCAAGGCUUGCUCCUAGUGGAGAUCCUUCUUCAGGGUAUCUUUAAAAUAUUACAGAUGAGGGCAACAGAACACAACCAUCACUGAGAUUAUCUGUAGUGCUCUAAUGAAUUGGGGGGAUCCUGCAGAAUGAUUUUCCCCCCUUUUCUUUUGAUAGAGCACCUUUGUUGUGUAGAAUACAUGGCUGGGUGGUGGUGGUUGUUAUAGCAGUGUCAUCUUGUUGGACCGCCUUAUUUGAAAAUCCAAGAUGAUAAGGAGAACAUUCACGGUGUCAUUUCAUGUUAGAGGCAACAAAAUCAUUUAUAUUGGCCCGCACUGUUACUUUCCACUCUGAGCUGUUUGCCUCCUGUCCUCUUAGAACUGGAAUCAGUUCACAAGAUUCACAAAGUAUAGCAGGUGAGGACUACCUCAGCAGAAGAAUCCCAUCUGUUUCUGCUUCAAUACAGAAAUAAGCUAUACCUGCACCACUUCAAAAGUAUCAGGCGUGUUCUUAGCAAAACAAGUCCUCACUGUGUUAUCCAGUGAGCACUUGCAUGUGUGAAAGAGCCACUGUGGAUCGAAAACCACAAAUAAAACUUUGUAUUACUGCACAUUAGCUUGAACACAAAUACUUUUUAAUAGUGUCAAGUUACACAUUGAACUGCAAGGCCUCAAGAAUUGCACGUACUAGGCUUGGCGUAUUCUCAGUAGUAACCCCCUUCCCUCUAGAACUCUUACGGAACAAGAUCUCUUAGUGCUGGUGUUUAGGAAUAUGAGUAGCUGAUCUAGUUUGUUUCCAUCCUUUAUUUGAGCUUGAGGUUCUGGCAUGGGAUUUCUGACUGAGAUACAAAGAACUACUUUGGGACAUGCCUAGUGGAACCUGAUUUUUGUUUGUUGCCAUGGUGUUUGUGGUAGGGUAACUCCACAUCAUUGGGUUUCAUGGCAUUUUCUGGGAGUUCAGCAAAAGAAAUGCAGAGGUUACUUCACCUAGUUCCUAGUCAGGGGUUGGAGAAAAGAAGACCCCCUGAGAAACUUUAUCCUAGUUUUGGUGAAUCAGGAAGAUACAGCCUCCUGGUCCUUCUGAUAGUUCAGGAUACUAAAAGGCCCAUCAUUUCCAGAAACACAGACUUGCAGAACUGGCCUAGACCUCAACACUCCUGUCUCUAAUAUUAGACCUUGGUCCUAGGACUCGCCAGUGCUUGUUCUCCUUUUCCUCUUUCUGUCAGAAAUCCCAAGCUCUAUUUCAGUGAUUGAGGGCCACAUCCUAUAGGUCCUCUUGUCCUAAUAAGCUGUUCUUUAGUUUCUCCCCCAUUGUGUUAUUUAUCCUCCAGGAUUUGCUUUGACCAUCGCUCUGUCAGCAAUGCCUGAUGCCGUAUCACAAACUGCCUUUAAAAAGUCUUUUGAAACUAGAGGAGCACCAUGUCAUAUGGGGGUGGGGAAGAGGCUUCAUUGAGCCUGCAGAAGUAGUUGUGCAAUUUUUUAUACACAGACAGUAAUAUUUUAAUCGGGAAGACAGAUUUGGCUGCUCAUAUCUAUUCUUAACAAGUGGGCAUCUUUAAAAACAAAAUCCUAUAACUAAAGUGAUAUAUACUAAUCUGAAAUGUAUCAGAACGUUAUUUGAUGUAACAUACAUUUCUUACAGUCUUUUUAUUCUACCAUUUUUUGCUUUUUAAAACUUUGUGCAGGAUAAAGAUCUGAGUAAGGAGAACCAGAAUUCUGAAAUUGACAAAGUAGAAAAGGAAGACACACCUCCUGCAGAAGAAGUCAAACUACAACAGAAUGGGAACUGCCAACCAAAUGAAGAAAACCUCUCAGUUAAAACAGAAGAUGUGUAGAGGACUGAAUGGACCUCUGACCCAACUGUGGAAAGAGACAAAGCUUUUCCUCCCCUCCCCCACAACCCACCAAAAGAGAAUAAAAAUUACCAAGCAAUCAACCGGACAUGUUGUGUUGUGCUAGCAGCACUCCGGGUUCUUUAGGUGGUUUGGUCAACUUGAAGAUGAGCAAGAAGCAGCACUGACCAGUAGGAUCUGCUGCAACAAGAGCCAACAGCAUUGGAUCUGAUCAUCUGUAGGAAUCCAUGCAUUUCAGUGAUAAGACUGGUUGACAGCUGUUACAAAUAAGUGGAAAGCUGUAAUCUGUACUACCCACAAAAGUUGCUGGGGAUGCUUUCAAAGUUGUUAAAAUAUUGGUAGUUUGAAUUUUUUUGUUUUGCUUUGUGGGUUUUUAAACUAAACUCAAUGUGAUAUGUUUUGAUAAUGUGCUUGAAAAUGGUGCAGAGAUACACAUGCUUCCCUUGUUGUUGUACAUGACAGUGAUGACAAGUUUUAUCCUAACACAGUUUUACAGUUAUUGUGUUUAUGCCCACAAAGGCAAGUGAAGAUUCUUUAAUUUGUUGCUUGUGACUUUCUUUUUAUAUUUUUAAGUAAUUUCCUUAUAAGACUAAAAGCUUUCUCUUACUAGUAGUUGAUCAAUGCAUGCUAAUGUUCAGAUUCUAGAAAGAACGGCCAUGUUUAUACUAGAUUUCCAUUCUUCCAACUAUAAGCACAUCUCUGUAGUAAUCUCCAAACAACCGGCUUCGUUUUGAGCUAUAUUGUAGUGUGUCCAGUCACCUGCAAACAGGACAGAUACCCAUGACAAGAUUGUUUUCUUUUUGAGUUGGGAUGUGGGAGCACAAGCUAAUGCUUUAGUGCCUUCUUUGAAACACAGAAUAGUGAUUCCUAGGAAUCACAUGUUAUUUAAUUCCCUCUUUGUCUAAUCCUUUAUCUUCUAGAUGGUUCUAUCACAAUAGUAGGUAAGCAUCUGAGAGGUCAGCCUUGUGUGUACUUGGUGGUUAUUUGAUAACAGAUUGAAGAUACGUUUAAAUGGAAAAAAGGGUCAUAGCUGAAAUCAAGAUUCAAGGAUCAUCAUAUAGUGGAUGUGGCCCUGUCUGCAAUCCAGUUAUCCUAUAAAUUAACUAUAGUGUAUGCCAAACUGAUGAAUUGAACAGUUCUAAGUAAACGUAUAUCAUAACCGGGUUGUGGACUGGGUAUCGAAAUCAAAAGUGCCCUUUUAAAAUAGUUAUCUUCUAACACCAGUUGUGAAGCAUGACAAGGACAACUUGCAAGUUCUCCCUGGAGAAGACAUAAAACCACACAGAUUCCUGUUUACUUGUUGAAAAAUAGCCUGUAAGAGAACAGCACCUGACAAAUGCAACUCCUCUCUGAAUUCAUUUCAGCAUUGUAAGACUGACAACAAAAGCUUAGAUAAGAUAAGAUUACACUAAAAUCAAGAAAUGUUUUGAAUAUAACAUAACACAAUCAAAUUGCCUUACCUCACAGGAAAGAGAUGGAAAAGCCAAGUAAAAACUAGCUUUCAUUUUGUGUUCUCUAAAUUGCACUUAAUGCAAAUGUAAACCUUUUAUGGUAAAUGGAAAAAUUAAAACAUGCUGUAAGGAAAUGAAGCCCAUUGAUUGUGACUCUGCUUUAAUAGCCCAUUGUUUUUUGUUAUAGUCAAAAGUUUUUUUUCUCUCCUUUUGGCCUCUGUGUACAUUAAAACUAUAGUGAAUGCUUUACCAUGUAAAGUAUGGACAGUCUUUUUUUUUAUGUUUAAGCCACAUGAAGUUGGCUGGCAAACAGCUUAUUCUGAUAAUAAAGGAAUGACAAAUCUCAUAUGCGUCUUGAAAGACUGAAAGAUUGUGUCUUGGAACAACAGCUGUCAUAUUUAUGAUGUGUAAGUAGCAUAGAGUAAAGAUUGUAUACUUGUUAUCUUUGGUACUAUCACUAAUAAAAUUAAGUAUUUUAGAGGGAAGUUAUUUUUUGCUCACUUUUUAAAGGAAUGCCUGAAAACGGACUGUUUACUAAUGGAGCUAGUAUUUUGACAUGUG